AACGCAGCGCUGCCACUGCGUAACAUUCUUCAAAAGGGUCCUUUGAUGGGAAGUUUUACCAUUUAUUUUUGCUAACUGAAUCGUCUAUAUUCUCUCUAUAUAAAUCUAGAUCUAUUUAUUCUCUAUAAAACAACAACAACAAGAAACGAACAAAUAUAUAAUCUAAGAUCAUUAACAUUGAUGUCCAAAACUGGCUGUCUGAAAUAAAUUUUGGGUGUUAGGCUUUGGGCUAUGGGAAAGUGUGUCGCCUUUCCGCCCUUGGAGUUGUGCCGUAACUAUUGUUGUUGAGGUGUAGGGAGUUGAGGUUACGUUGGGCGCCGAGAUGGAGUGUGAGCGUGAAGGCUGGGGAUACGGGACCAUCAUAUCAUACCCUACUUAAGCGACUAAACCCACCUGACAAGCAUCAGUGUUCAAAAUAGUCAUUCAGGCAUCUCUUAAUCAGUACUGGAAAGAAGCAGAUUUACAGUAGACAGUGCAUUUCAUGAUGACUCUCUUGGAAUGGGCUUUCAAGCUGAACAAAAAGACUGCUUAUCCAUUAUACUUUCACUGCACAUGUUACAUAAACUAUUGUACAGAAAUCUCAACAAAAUCAGCUGUCAAGUUGUGGUAUAAGCCCAAAUCAGCAAUGAAUAAUACUUUUUUAACUACUCAUCUUGGAUGCCUGUUUAAACCUAAUUCUGGAGCUUUAGCGAAAAAAUUACAUAUUUUCCAAAGCUUGAAAUAUUCUUCAAACAAAAUCAUUAUGAAAUCUAGUCUUUCUAAUGAAACUAAUAACAUUAAAAACAAAUUGUUAUCAUAUGAAAAAUUCAAGACUUUGAUGAAAAAAAUAAAAACAACAUAUGUUUUGGAUCAAGAAAUAGCAGAAAAAAUUGUGGCAUGUGUUAUGAAGAAGAGAUCUAACCCUAAAGCACCAGUGAUAGAAAUUAAUUGUGGUAAUACUUUCAAUAUUGGUCCAGGUUUAAUAAGUCAAGAGUUUCUGAAACAAGGAGUAUCAAAAAUGGUGGUUGUAGAGACUAAUCACAUUUUCUUUCCCUUUAUCAAGGAUAUUGUUCAGCAGUUUGGUCAGCAGAGAAUUCAUCAUUUCAAUUGGUCUAUGCUGAGUCUCUACUUGAAGCUGCAUAUUUCAGAAACAUCUGUGGCUGUUGCUGACUAUAAGAAAUCUGAGCAGGCUGUAGUAGAACUUUUACAGUGUUCAUCUACCUUAGAUCAAACAGUGUCUCCAUACUGUAUAUUUUCCCUUGGAGGAAAAGAAGAAAACAAUAACCUAGUUUUCUAUAUUGUGCGUAACAUGCCCAACGAUGAUAUUAUUAUAUCAAAAGAUCUAGUGGAGUUUUUCUUUUUAGUUCAUCCCAGAUUUCAACAGAAAAUAUUAAAGUUGGGCUCCAUUCCUGGUAGGAAAGAACAAGGUUUCACUGGAAAUUUGACAGAGAGAAAGGAUUUUUUUCAUUUUAAUUCAAUCCAUGUUAUUCUCCAUCUUUUGUAUGACUUAUCUUUUAUUCAAGAGUUUGAGGCAAAUGAUUUUAUUCCACCAUUUAAUACUACUAAGCGAGUUCAGGACAAAGACAUUGAUACCACAAAAAGAGUUCUACUCAAGCUACAGCUGAAGAAGAAUAUAAAUACUUUACUUCCCUUAGAGCAUCAUAUACCAUUCCUCAUAUUUCUCAGACAGCUGUAUAAAAAGAAAAAAACUCGAACCAUUCCAGCUAUGGAAAUGUUAAUUCCAGGCUGUGGGUUAAGAAUGAUAUAUGAAGGUUUUACUAUGAUGGACCUUAUAAUGACAACUAGACCUGAAUAUUUUCUUCAACUUUUUAAGGCAAUGUUAAAGUGGCCAGAGUAUGAAACGUCACCUUUAAAACAGCACAUCAUUUUAAAAUCAACUGGAGGAAUAGAUCAAAAAGACCUUGAAGAAGAAUAAAAUUAAUAAAUUAAAAAAAAAAACUUUCCUUUUUUAUCAAGUUUAUGUUAACC